CCAAUGAAAAUGUCAGCGCGCGUCCACGAGAGCCGGAAGUCGCGGGCCAGCGCGGGCUCGGCCAACAUCUACCUGUUCCACAAGUCGUCGUACGCCGACAGCGUCCUGGUGCACCUGAACUCCCUGCGGCGGCAGCGCCUGUUCACCGACGCGCUCCUCCGCGCCGGCGGCCGCUCCUUCCCGUGCCACCGCGCCGUGCUGGCCGCCUGCAGCCGCUACUUCGAGGCGGCGUUCGGCGGCGGGCUGCGCGAGAGCCGGGCCGGCGAGGUGGACUUCGGCGACUCGCUGCGCCCGGAGGUGCUGGAGCUGCUGCUGGACUACGCGUACACGUCGCGCGUGCUCAUCGACGAGGAGAACGCCGAGUCGCUGCUGGAGGCCGGCGACAUGCUGGAGUUCCAAGACAUCCGCGACGCCUGCGCCCAGUUCCUGGAGCGCAGGCUGCACCCGUCCAACUGCCUGGGCAUGCUGCUGCUCUCCGACGCCCACCGGUGCGCCGGGCUGUCCGAGCUCUCGUGGAGCAUGUGCCUGGGCAACUUCGCCGCCAUUCGCAAGACGGAGGACUUCCGACGGCUGCCCAAGGACACGGCCGUGCGGCUCCUGUCCCACGAAGAGCUGGAGACGGAGGACGAGCGGCCGGUGUACGAGGCGGCCCUCAGCUGGGUCAACCACGACCCGGAGGGGCGCCGGCGCCACCUGCCGGAGCUCCUGGGGGCGGUGCGCCUGGCGCUGCUGCCCGCCCUCUUCCUGACGGAGAACGUCUCCGGCGAGGAGCUGAUCCGGGCACAGGCCGGGAGCAAGGAGCUGGUGGACGAGGCCAUCCGCUGCAAGCUGCGCGACGAGGGCGGCGGCCGCUGCGCCCGGCCCCGCAGGGCCGGCCACGCCCUCUUCCUCCUCGGCGGCCGGACUUUCAUGUGCGACAAGCUGUACCUGGUGGACCAGAAGGCCAAGGAGAUCGUCCCCAAAGCGGACAUCCCCAGCCCCCGCAAGGAAUUCAGCGCCUGCGCCAUCGGCUGCAAGGUGUACAUCACGGGGGGGCGGGGCUCGGAGAACGGCGUCUCCAAGGACGUGUGGGUCUACGACACGCUGGGCGAGGACUGGUCCAAGGCGGCGCCCAUGCUCAUCGCCCGCUUCGGCCACGGCUCGGCCCAACUCAAGCGCCGCCUGUACGCGGUGGGCGGCCACACGGCGGCCGCCGGCUGCNNGCCCGCCUCGCUCAAGCAGGUGGAGCGGUUCGACCCGGCGGCCAACGAGUGGACCAUGGCGGCGCCCCUGCGCGAGGGCGUGAGCAACGCGGCGGUGGUCAGCGUCGAGCUCAAGCUCUUCGCCUUCGGCGGCACCGGCGGCACCCGCGACAAGCCGCCCAAGGUGCAGUGCUACGACCCCCGGGAGAACCGCUGGACCGUGCCGGCGUCCUGCCCGCAGCCGUGGCGCCACACCGCCGCCGCCGUCCUGGGCAACCACAUCUUCGUGGUGGGCGGCGACGGCGAGUUCUCGGCGUGCUCGGCCUACAAGUUCAGCAGCGACAGCUACCAGUGGACCAAAGUGGGCGACGUGACGGCCAAGCGCAUGAGCUGCCAGGCGGUGGCGUCGGGCAACAAACUCUACGUGGUGGGGGGCUACUUUGGCACGCGGCGCUGCAAAACCCUGGACUGCUACGACCCCGCGCUGGACGCCUGGGACAGCAUCACCACCGUGCCGUACUCGCUCAUCCCCACCGCCUUCGUCAGCACCUGGAAGCAUCUGCCCGCCUGAAGACCCCUCCCGGCCGCCUCCCUCCUCCGAGGUACGUCCGCCGGCGGCGAACCUUUCCUCCCGAUCGGAAAAGUGGGUGCAAGACCUCUUCCUUUUCUCUUCCAGAUCUGGAUUUUGCCGUUUUGUUUUGACAUCAUCUCCUGAACUCCCGACUGUGACGAGGGGUUCCAAGAGAAGACCUCCGAGACGGACGCUCAACCCCAAAAGAAGGAACCAAA